AGGCACACCGCCAAAUUAAAGAGAUUCCAACUUCCAUCUCCGGCAUGGACCGACCCGAUGGCACCACUACCGUCAUUACCGACAGGGCUGACCCCGGCGCAAAGUCGCUGAGGAUCGAUGGAGAAGCAGCAGCAGCAAGAAUGGAGGGUCUUGAAUCACCUACAUUGUCGUCCCUUUUGUCCCCGCCCCAACCACCACACAAUCGCGCCGUCACCCCCUUGCUCGUUCUGGUUCUGCUAGUAAACCUGUCAGCGAGUCUUUACCAGCUCCCACUCAAUCGUGUCAUUGAGCGACGUAUCUGUCGCGACUUCUUCCGUAACCUCGUUGACGAUGGAUCCGACGCCGUCUUUCUCCCGGACGGCCAGGUCCGCGAACAGCUGUGCAAGGUGAGCGAGGUACAGCAGGACCUGGCGCGCGUGCAGCGAGGGAUGGAUCUUGCAUGGAUAAUAGGAGAUCUCAUCAUGACCAUACCCUUGGGCUUCGUGGCCGAGAGGCACGGCAGACGUCUCGUGUUGCUGCUCAACCUUGUCCCGCGCAUCGCCAUGCUGGCAUGGGCUGUGGUCAUAGGUUAUUUUGAAAAUGUGUUUCCGGCCCGUCUGCUGUAUCUUGCGCCCAUGCUAUCCGUGCUUGGUGGUGAUUGUGUCUUCAACUCCAUCACCUAUGCAUUUGCUGCAGGUUUGACAGAAGACAAUGUGCUCCGGGCUUCGUACUUUGGUUAUAUGAGCUCCAUCACAUAUGUCGUUGCCCUCGUCGGUCCUGCCUUUGCCUCAGCCACCAUGAGCUUAAACCUCUGGCUGCCUUUCCUCAUUGGCAUAUCACUACUCUUCCUCGCCUCCCGUGUCAUCCCCAUGCUCCCUGAUAGUCGCCACGACCAGCGCCAGGAGGAGUCUUUAGCCAACAACUCCACAUCAUCGUUCCCGAAGUUUCACGCCCACCAGCCUGUCAUGCAAGCAAUCGUCCACCGGCUCAAUUUCCUCUACGCCUUUGUCGCCUCUCGCCCGCGCAACUUUGCUUUUCUCCUAAUCAGCAUGUUUCUCACCUCGCUCGCCAGCGCUGACACCAAACUGCUGGUCCAGUACAUCUCGCAGCGCUACACAUGGUCGUUUUCGUCGGCGGGCUACCUUUUGUCGGCCAAGGCUUGCGUCAACUUCGUCCUCCUGACCGUCGUCGUGCCCUCACUGUUGCGCGCCCGAGCAAAGAAGACCAUCGUCUCGGCCGAGAGGCAGAAUCUCUUUUGGGCAAACGUGUGUCUGGUCAUGUCGGUCAUGGGCGCGACCUUGAUCGGCCUGGCGCCCACCGUGUGGCUGCUCGUCCCGGCCAUGGGCGUCUACGCGCUCGGGUCGGCCCUGCCCGUGUUUACGCUGAGCCUGCUCAAGUCACCGCAGGUGUCGCCGGUGCAGCAGCAGAAUCCCAAGGAUGAUGAUGAAGAUGAUGAUGGUGAUGACGACGAUAAUAACGAAUACAACGGACUGGGUUCGCCCACCUCGGUUACUGGCAUCAUUGGUGGUGGUAGGCUCAGCAGUGAGUCACAUGACACGACCGUGUUUUCGGUCGUCAUGCUCGUCAAGACGGUCGGGUCGCUGGUCGGCGUGCCCAUUGUGACUAGCUUGUGGAUUGUGGGUAUCGAUCUCAGGUUCGAGGGGCUUGGCCUGCCGUAUUUUGUCAGCGCUGGGUGUUAUUUCGCCGCUUUGGUGGUUCUUUUCCGCAUUAAUGUGAUUUAG